AUGCUCUAUGCUCGAUUGAUAUCACCUGCUGCAAUAUCGCCCACCGCGACCCAUUUCGAGUCCGAUUCGCAAACGGUCGGAAGCAGUCUGGGCGACCGCAAGCAUGCCGACUAUGCAGUAGGUACUCUGAACGCGAGACGAGCCACUGAACACAAUCUCACUGAGGCGCAACCAAAGAGAUACUCGGGCGUCGCAGACCGAGGAGCAGCGACAGUACGAACAGAAGGUCCACGAGCAGCAAGAUCUCAACAAUUCGACCGAGGACCUCGAGAAGGACUUCCAGAGGAUGGAAACGCACGAUGGCGCGCCCAAGAAAGACAACAUGUUCAAGAGAAAGUCCUCCGCUUUCUAUCAGAAGGUCAUCAAACCCGCAUUCCCGGAGGCCAUUACGGACAUCAAGAUCAUGGGUGGCAUGACAGCUCUGGAGACUCGCGUGGCGCACGAAAUCAACGACCCGAAGAUCUUUCCCGAGAUUCAGAAAGUAGCAGAGGUCCGACGUGGUCUUGAUCUUUGCCCGGAAGAGCAGGCUUUCCUCGCCAAAAGGAAAGUCACGGCGAGAGAUAACUUUGCCAAGUAUCUCGGCCUGAAACCCGAGGAUGUGGAUCCACAAGACGUCCCUACCGUCUCCUUUGGAGGAAGUGGCGGCGGGUUCAGAGCCAUGAUAGGAACCUUGGGCUACUGCGAGCAAUUCAAGCGGAGUGGCCUGUGGGAUUGCUUGAGCUAUGUCUCCGGCGUUUCUGGAGCUUGCUGGUCACUGGCUGCAUACUAUACUAUAGGGAAAGGCAGCAUGCAAGCCGUGAUCGACCACUGUAAGAAGCGCUUCCACCCAUAUCAUCCUCUAUCGGGCGACGCUAUUAGGACUAUCUUGAGCGCUCCUGGAGGCGCAAGAGUCACCGUAAGUGCCCAUGUCCUUCCUACGACUUUUCCAAUAAUUUGUACGAUCAUUUUCAGCUAGGACCGCUCAUCCAAAAGAGCAAAAGCGGACUCCAGACCGUAGCCAUGGAUCUUUACUCCGUCUUCACAACAGGAUGGAUCUUCUUCCAAGACGACCCGGCAAGCCAUCCCGGAGGCCACGCCAACAACGAGGUCGCAGGCUUCCAGAAAACGUGGUAUAGAUUCUCAAGCGCGCGCGAAUACACCGAUAGCGGUCGUGAGCCAUUGCCCAUCAUGACGGCUAUCCGGCACGAAAGGCCCUGGAAAGACUGGGAAGACAAGGAGCACCCAUUCAAAGAGCCAGACCACUCGACCGGAGACCACGCCGACGCUGCCGACGCGUGGUUUCAGUGGUUUGAGUUCACCCCCUAUGAGGUCGGAUGCGACGAGAUUGAAGCCUGGGUGCCGACUUGGGGCUUUGGAAGACCUUUCAAGGAAGGAAAGUCCACAAUGCAACUCCCGGAGCAAUCUCUGGCUUUGCUCUUGGGCUUGGCGACGAGUGCUCCAGCUGGCCCUCUGACUUCGUACAUCUCCACGAUCAGCCGGAAUCUCCCAUCUGGCUUUCUGGGCAAUUCGAUUCGGAAAAUGGCACAUGCGGUGACCAAAUUCUGGGGCAAAGAGGGCACAGAGGAGUUCCAGAACCACCAUCCUCUUCACGCAUGCAAUGAGCAGUAAGUACGUGCCAGAUCUGUCCGCUCUCUUCCGUCCAAUGUUUUCUGACCAACCGCGCAGCAAUUUCAUGUACCAGUACACUCACGUAUCUCCCGAUGUCGGCCGCCCGCCUGGUCUCGAGAAUUCUCCUCGAAUCCACCUCAUCGACUCGGGAAUGGACAACAACUGCCCCACCUACGUCCUCCUACACCCGGCCCGCCAAGCCGACGUGAUCAUCAACAUGGACGCCUCCAGCGACGUCCAAAAGGACACCUUCCCCGAACGCGUCGCCCAGAUCGGUUCCCGCCGCGGCCUCCAAUUCACACGCCGCCACCCGGAUCUCAAACCCUCCGACGACGAACAGGACCCCGAUCGCUUCCACGGCCUCUACGCUCAGAUCUACGACGGCGUGCCGACCGAGCGGCCCGAGACGGUCGUGGACUCGUACGGACGCACGGUCAGGAAUCCCCCCGCGCCCGUGUAUGGGCGAGCGUGCACGAUGAUCUAUAUGCCGUUGUUGCCGAAUGAGCGGGCCGUGAGGGAUUUCGACCCCAGCACGGCCAAGUUCUCCGGGAGCUAUAAUCUGGUCUGGACGCCGGAGCAGGUGGAUACGCUCGUCCAGGUGUGUAUUGCCAACUAUGAGGACGGGGAGAGGACGGUGAAGGAAGCUCUGCAUGAGGCGUGGCAGAGGAAGAAGGCGGAGCGGGAAGGACGAGAGAUGAAGUGUGGGAACGCGAAUGGAGGAGCAGUGGGUGGGUUAAGCGUAAGGGGUUGA